CGCUUGUCGUCCUUUUCCCGUUUAAAAAUAAAAUAAUAGUUAAUAAUAUGGCGGCUUGUUUGGUACCGGAUUUCCCAGCUGUAAGGAUUGCCUUAGAACAUUUGGCCGAGUUAGAUACACGACUGAGGGAAGAAGGGGUUUAUUUUAGUCAAGAAGCAAGUCACCAUCUGAGAGAGACAGCUGAAGCCAUUAAAGAGCUGGAAUCAUCUAGAAAAACAGCACGUGAGAAACUUGAGGUUGAAACCAUUGAGACAAGCAAGCUUCGACAUAAAAAAAUUAACCUACAGGAUGAAAUCAAAAAUGAAAUAUCAGCUUGUGUAGCUGCAGCUAGAGAAGAUAAUGCUGCAGUGUUGAAUCAACUUCAGUCUGAGCUGAAAUCUGUAGUAGAUGACAUACAAUCCAUGGAGGAGAAGCAACAAAUCUUUGAACAAGAAAAUGCUGUUCUGCAUCGGGAGAGAGAAAACAUUAAAGGAAACUAUGGAGAAGCUGUUGAUCAGAUGAAUCAGCAGCUGUCAAAAAAAGCUGGUACAAAGAUACUGCUUACGGAAAAACAGAAUGAGAUCCAGUCAUUGAAGGACGAAAUUGUCCAGGUGGAAAUAGCCCAAUGGGACCUAAAAGAAAACAUGAUUCAGAAGAGGAAAACAUUUGCUGAAAGCAAACACACUAUAGAAAAGGAGAUAGAGGAAACUGCUCUUAAGAUUAAAGAACAAAGAAAAAUCUAUGCAGAAACACGCAUGGAAAUGGUUAUCAUUACAUCAGAGCUACAAGACAAGGGGGAGACAGUCACACAGUGUGAAAACCAUAUCUCCCAGUUGGAGAAAAACAUCGCUGGACUGAAUGCAUCUAAAAUAAAGUCCAAAGAUUGGCUUCAUGAGGAGAGCAGUAAGACAGAAGAACUUGAUCGACAAAAGGAGUUUUAUGAACGAGAACUGCUUGAAUCGGCAGCAGCAUUUGAACAGAAAGUUCAGGCCAUUCAAGAACAGAUGUUAGAGAUUGAAAAUGAGAUCAAGGAGGAACAGAAAGUGAAAAUUGCUCUAUCAGAGCGCCACGCUAAACUGUCAGACAUCUUCAGCACUCAGAGGAAAAGGGAAGAUGACAUGAUUGCUGAAAAACACAGUCUGUCCAAACGGUUAGAGGAGAAUAAACUUAGACAUGAUGAAGACAUUAUAUCCAUUGCCAGAUGUAGAUUUGAAAUUAAAAACAUGAAAGAAGAUAUGAUACAGCUUCAUGAUGCUAACAUAAUCAAUGCAGAUAUGUUCAGAAAAACUCUUGAGGAACAGAAAGGUCAAUUGGCCGAACAGAACAUGAUCAGGGCAGAAAUUGAAGCUGAAAGAGAGAAAAUAAGUCAAUCUCUCAAAAAUCUAAAAGAGGAACACAAGGAGUAUGUAAGGAAGAUGAAUGCAUCCAUCGAACAAACAGAGAUGAGAUAUGGAGAGCUUCUCGAGGAGGAAAAGGAACUCCAAGACCAUAUAUUAUUGAAUUCAGUGAUAGGGGAUCUUACAGAAGAGAUGUCCAACACUGAGGAAAAGGGAAAACAACUGGAAAUGAACUACCAGACUGAAAUUCUACAGCUUACUAGGGAUGCAGAACCAAUCGCUCGAGCUCAUAUGGAGAAAGAACAGGAGCUCAAGGUCAAGGAGUCGGAUUUAGAGGCAGUGGAGUCUCAGUUAGACAUUGACCACCUGAAACAUCAGACUUUAAAGAACUAUAUAACAGAGUUGGAAAAUCAAAAGAAAAAUCUUGAGCUCUCUAUUCAGAAGGUCACAAAGCAGACUGCGACUCUCCUACAACAAAAGGUUGAUUUUUUACUCACCAUGCACAUUUCCAAAUUGUGUGCUAAAUUGAUGGUUAUACGUCUACAUUAAUUCGGAUAGAUU